AAAUUGCAGAACAAAACAUGUGUCGUCUUUUCGGUUUUGUUCCGCUGCUCCAAUGCUUCAAGUUCUUGCGUAUUUUUCUACAUAGGCAGCUAGAAAACUAAAAAUUAUAUCUACUGGUCAAGUUCCGACAGUCUAAAGCUCAACGACUGUAGUUACGUCUUUUCGCUGGAGUUGAAACCUAAUUAGGUGUUAUGCUCAACUCUUUGGUAUUUCGAGUCGGCGAGUCCGUGAAGAUGAUCAACGGGGAUCGACGUCCGCCUUUAGUCUCUAAGCAGACCUAUCGACCUCCAAGAUGUUCAGCUUCAUCUGACAUUUAUCCAAAAAAGCUUGAACUGCGAGCUUCAACAAACUCCAACGCCCAAGCAUCCUGCACUCUUUCACCUACGGUCGUCACCAAGCAUCCCCAUAACAUCAUCCAAAAAUCAAGGGAUACAAGCGGGUUGAAUUCAUUCCCACGUUCUCAGACUGAAUCUGACUGAUCAAUUUUCAGCCUUGACGAUAGUAUCGGUAUUAGACUGACAUGUAGUCCUUGACAAACGAACAAAAUAGUCGGAUCAUCCUCCGAACCCGAGGUAUGAAGGUCAUGGUCAUGCAGGGACCGAACACUCGGUGACCAGAUACCAAUGGCACGGUUUCUCCCACCACUGCAUGCAAAUGCGCAUCUACCUUUCAUGCAGAAGGCAGACAAAAAGCCCUUCAUUUGAAAGGCCCCGCAUGAACCCCUUACGCUAUUUUGUCAAGUAACUAUGAUGAUGGUCGGCUGAUAGUACAUGGAGCAUUCAGGUAGCAUCAAGAGUUAUCGCAAUAAGAAUAUAUUCGGAACUUUAAUUAGUCAACUGUCACUUUGGACGUCGUUCCAUCCAAAGGAGGAUCAGGAACGAGUCAGAGGAAUGAGGUACCCGGGAGCAAGAACGCAUACUAAUUCACCAGCGUCCUCACAUCCUCCUUCAUCGACAUCGAGCCGCUAAAGCCUUAACUGCACACUCGCCGACGUCGUCUAGUUCCAUUAUCUGUGGCUUUUUAGAGGAUAGCUUUUGAAAGUAUGUCCCCAGAAGUCAUGCAUCAAAACACAGAAUUACCUGUAGCAUCACCUACGUCGUCCUCUGUUAUUGACAGCGUCGACAGCGACGGCGCGAGGGGCGUCGGUCAUCGACAUCGGUUCCUUAAUCCAGACCUCAUCUUUCGGAUUAUUGAUCCCACCAAAAUCAUAAGAUCU